AUGGCUAAGGCGCUCGUCAACGAAACGUUGGGGCCGCAACUUCCAACCCGUGUAUUAGAUGUUGGAGAAAUCAAUGGCGAGCGCAUCCAUCUUGUAGAAGCCAACGGCCGGCAUGGAAACUUUUGUGCCCUCAGCUACUGCUGGGGCCCAAAGGGCACGCAGACCAUGAUUACAACAAGAGACAACAUCAACGAUCGCUUCGAUGGCAUUCGAUUCGAUCACCUGCCAAAGACCUUUCAAGAUGCGGUCAUUGUCACGCGCGAAAUUGGCGUUCGCUAUCUCUGGAUCGACAGCCUUUGCAUCAUACAAGGAGACCAGCAAGACUGGGCAAGCGAGGCCGGUAAAAUGGCUGACGUCUACCAGAAAGCACACUUGGUCAUCGCCGCCUCUGGGGCUGAGAAUCCAGAAGUAGGCAUCUUUUCGAAGAAGCGUCGAUGCCCGUAUGGCGUGAAAGUCCCCUAUUACGCAGAAGACGGUCAAAUGAACGGCUUUAUGCAUCUCUCCGUGCCUGUGCAAGGGAAUCCUGCAUCAUUCUGGGGCCCGCUGAGCAAGAGAGGUUGGACCCUUCAAGAGCAGCACUUGGCACGGAGGAUCUUGUACUUUAUGCCCGCUGGCAUUACGUGGAAGUGCAACAUGUUAAUGACCAGCGAAAGGACCACGGCUCAACUGGAGGACUUUGGAGAUUGGACAGACCUACUGCAGAAAUACUCGAACCGCCAACUCACUUACAAGGAGGAUCGGCUGGCAGCUGUGGAAGGGCUAGGCCUGGCGAUUCAAGAGGCCAGCCAUGACAAGUAUAACCAUGGCAUCUUCGAAUCAACCAUUCCAGAGCAGCUCCUCUGGAUGAUGGAGCAUCGACCAGACAAGUCAGACCGUCUAGACACAUUGCCUUCCUGGCACUGGGCUUCCACAGGGGUGCCGAAAUUAUUCUGGAGAACGCAAGGAGCAGCUUGGCGAAAGCUACACGAACAAAUCUAUACCGAGCCAUCUGGCAUCUUGAAAGUGCAAGGCUUUCUAGCCAAAUGUAAAAUCCUUCGCACAAAACCGAGUCAGACCGGCCCUAUAGAGGAUGACCUAUUUUCUAAUCUGCAGUCAACCAUCCAGCAAUCCAGGAGUGACCCUUUGCGCUGGAUUCAAACAUCAUCUAGGCCUGCUCGACUUGCCGGCAUAGCCAUGUUAGAUGAUGAGCAUUUUGCAAGCGCAUAUGUCCUGUUUUUGGUGCAAUGGGAAGACUACGGCAAGUAA